CUGGUUCGAUAUCGUCCCCUGUGGUCUUGCAUAACCUUAAAGUUGAUUUACAGAUCUUGCUUUCCAUUAUAGGCUUCCAUGAGGAACCAUUAUCGAGCAAGGCGAGGCUCCAGGUUUCUACUUUCAGAAAUACCCUGAAGACCAUCCAGCCCUUGGGUUUUUCACCUGGAGAUAGAUUUUCGCCCUUGGAUUCGACCAUAUGUUCUCUUGUCCACUGUUUCUCUCACUGUUAACUCUCCUGGCAGCGUCUCUCAUGGCCUGCACAUAUACAACGCAGAUCCCCCUGGUUAAGGUAGCAAGAAGAUGGUCUUUCUCACACUCAGCAGAGUCCAUCAGCAAGCAGGAGUUUGCGGAAACUCUACCCAGAGCAUCAAUUCAGGAUUUAGGUGUCGUUUUGAUGGGAUCUGGAUACGAGGGGGUGGGAUUGCCCGUAUCGAAAGUGAUGGAAUUUUUGUUAUCCCAUCUAUGGAGCAACAUUGCAUCAUCUUCUGAUGAGGAACGUCUAAAGUACUAGUAUUAACUAGCACCUAUUUAAGACUGCAAGUAGGAAAGAAAGUAAUUGACAUCGGCUGAUUUAUAUUGUAUAUCAGACAGUGAGAGGAGUAAUGUAAUUCCAAAUUAAAGAGACUCAACCUCAUGAUGGGUUUGUUUUGAUACUUCUUCAUAUAAUCCUGGACAUCAAGUCAAGGAACAAAAUUUCCAUUUGUUUCCUUCAAAAGGGCUAAAGCGUAUCCGUUUCUUAAUAGAUCAUCAUGUAACAGUAGCAGAAUAACGAAAUCCCAGUGUUUUCCAAGAACACCAGAAUAUGGAGAAGUAAAGAACACAACAAA